AUGAUUCCACUUAAAAACAUGUUAAAAGCAUGCAACUGUUCGACAUUUGGGUCGCUGAGGACUGAUUGCGAACAGUCCACAGGCAAGUGUCUGUGCAAGCCUGGCUACUCAGGUCCGCAGUGCCAGAUAUGUCCCAAUGGAGAACACGUCGCUUCUUACGGAUACCACGUGAAAAAGAACGGCAAGAGGUGUGUAAAUGAUUUGAACUGUAAAUACGGCGGCAAGUGCAAAAAAGUUGGACAGAACAUCGAAUGUGUGUGUCCCGCUUCUUGUGUCGAGUCCUCCGUCUCGUCUCUGUCUGCGGUCUGCGCCAGCAACGGCCUCACCUACUCAUCUGAAUGCCACCUGGCUCAGUUCUCCUGUCGUUCCCAGGUCGACAUCACAUUGCAACAUUACGGACCGUGCGUUAACAACUCCGAUGCAGGAGGUAGUGUCGGGUUUGACGGGACUUAUUAUUUGAAAUACGUUUCAAAGCUCAUGGACGAUGAAGAACGAAAGCUGUCCAGCAUACAAAUAGAAUUUAGUACUGAUUCUCCAAACGGUGUGAUAUUUUUUGAGGGCGAAUCAUUUUCGCCGGCAUCAAGUUUCAUUUUGAUUGGAAUACGCAGGAGCAAGCUGGUGGUGAUGUUUAACUUGGGCAGCAACCGGGCGGAUGACCUGCCCCUGAUGACCAGUUCUUCCGAUGUUUCAGACCAACAAUGGCAUCUACUUACAUUGAGAAGAGAUGAGAGACAGAUGAAAAUGGUGUUGGACUUCGAUGAACCGAUUGUUGCUUAUUCGAGACCAGGCGCCAACUCCUUCCAUUCAAGUGGAUUUUUCUAUUUAGGUGGUGCAGAGAAGCGAAUGAAAGGCUUACCAAGAUCCCUCUCGGCCGCGCUGAAGGGCUGCCUCAGAAAUGUUCAGAUAAACAAGAAUGUUAUUAAUUUACGCGAAGAUCGAAUCAAUGUCGACACUGAGCUGAAAAAAUGUCACGACGCUCUGUAG